CCGGCGCGGAUAAGAGGCGGACCGCGCCUGCGCGCCCAGCCCCAUUUCUUCGACCUCUGCUGACUCGGCCGCCGCCACCUCCCGGGAAGAGAGGAAGCGGGAGAGGAGCCCUAGUCGCUUGUCACCCAAGUCCUCCAGCCGCGCCGCCCCGAAGAGUGCAAGAUGUUCGCCUGCGCCAAGCUCGCCUGCACCCCAGCUCUGAUCCGAGCUGGAUCCAGAGUUGCAUACAGACCAAUUUCUGCAUCAGUGUUAUCUCGACCAGAGGCUAGGACUGGAGAGAGCUCUACGGUAUUUAAUGGGGCCCAGAAUGGUGUGUCUCAGUUAAUCCAGAGGGAGUUCCAGACCAGUGCAAUCAGCAGAGACAUUGAUACUGCAGCCAAAUUUAUAGGUGCAGGUGCUGCAACAGUAGGAGUAGCUGGUUCCGGUGCUGGUAUUGGCACAGUCUUUGGCAGCCUCAUCAUUGGUUACGCCAGAAACCCUUCGCUGAAACAGCAGCUGUUCUCAUAUGCUAUCCUGGGAUUUGCCUUGUCUGAAGCUAUGGGUCUCUUUUGUUUGAUGGUUGCUUUCUUGAUUUUGUUUGCCAUGUAACAAAUUACUGCUUGAAAUGUUGGCACUCAUCUUAAUUACGGAUGUAAUUCUGUGUAUCUUACUGUGACUCCAAAAACUGUAGCAUUGGUGUCAUGAAAAUGUACGUUAUUUCCAAAGUUAUUAAAGAUGAAAACUUUAA